CGCCCCUUCCUUUAAUACUUGGAGACGAGGUAACCCACACAUCCGUGACCCCCCAACUAGGUUGGAGGAGGCCUUGCCGCAGGCGCGCGCGCACAGACCGCCACCCGCGGACACCUGGCUCCGGGCUCAGCUAGGCGGGGGGCCCCGCCUCCGAUCUACCGAAGCCCAAUCAUCUGGAGAGUCUGGGGUACGUCCCGCGCCGGCCACGCCCCCAGCCUGCGGGGCGGGGGGCGUCUUUAAGAGCCGGCCGGCCGGCCCCCGACGCAGUAGGGGGUGCGGGGCUGUGGGCUGGAGGCCUGAGUGCUGUGCUCUGGGGUGCCGGCUCGCCUCCGCCUUCCUCCUCGCGGCAGCCUCCGUGCCCUGCGCCGCCGUCCCACCGGGGGCUCCACCGCCCUCUCCUCGGCCUCACCAGCCCGCUGGCCGGGCGCUCGGCGGCUCCUCCGUGAGCCCGCCGGGAACUCGCACCCCUCGCGCUCCCCUGGCUCCCGAGGGGGCCGCCUCGGGCCAUGGUGCCCUUCCCCGAGGAGCCCGCCGCCGCGCGGGGGACGAGCGAGGCGCAGCCGCCGGGCCCCGCGCCCACCGGGGCAGCUCCGCUGCCGGGCCCGAGACCCUCGGACGGCCCCGAGGCGGUCGUCGAGAAGGUGGAGGUAGAGCUGGCAGGACCGGCGGGCGCUGAGCCCCCUCAGCCUCCCGAGGGCGGCUGGGGCUGGCUGGUGAUGCUGGCGGCCAUGUGGUGCAACGGGUCGGUGUUCGGCAUCCAGAACGCCUGCGGGGUGCUCUUCGUGUCCAUGCUGAAGACCUUUGGGUCCACGGACGAUGACAAGAUGGUCUUCAAGACAGCGUGGGUAAGUUCUCUGUCCAUGGGGAUGAUUUUCUUUUGCUGCCCAAUAGCCAGCGUCUUCACAGACACGUUUGGUUGUCAGAAGACAGCUGUUGUGGGUGCUGCUGUUGGAUUCAUUGGACUCCUGUCCAGUUCUUUUGUAAGCUCCAUCGAGCCUCUGUACCUUACCUAUGGAAUCAUAUUUGCUUGUGGCUGCUCCUUUGCAUACCAGCCUUCGCUGGUCAUUUUGGGACACUAUUUCAAGAAGCGCCUUGGACUGGUGAAUGGCAUUGUCACCGCCGGCAGCAGCAUCUUCACAAUUUUGCUGCCUUUCCUCUUAAGGGUUCUGACCGACACCGUGGGCCUCUUUCACACACUGAGGGUCCUCUGCAUCUUCAUGUUUGUUCUCUUUCUGGCUAGCUUUACGUACCGACCUCUUUCUCCAAGUGCCAAAGAUAAAGAGGGUGGAACCAAAGGAGGCAAGAACAGAUUCUCCCUCUUUUCCAGGAGGAAGUUUAGUCCUCCAAAAAAAUUUUUCAAUUUUGCCCUCUUCAAGGUGACAGCCUAUGCGGUUUGGGCAGUUGGAAUACCGCUUGCACUUUUUGGAUACUUUGUGCCUUAUGUUCACUUGAUGAAAUAUGUGAAUGAAAGAUUUCAAGAUGGAAAAAAUAAAGAGGUGGUUCUCAUGUGCAUUGGCAUCACUUCAGGAGUCGGACGGCUGCUCUUUGGCCGGAUCGCAGAUUAUAUGCCUGGUGUGAAGAAGGUUUAUCUUCAGGUACUCUCCUUUUUCUUCAUUGGUCUGAUGUCCAUGAUGAUUCCCCUGUGUGGUGUCUUUGGGGCCCUCAUUGCUGUCUGUCUCAUCAUGGGUCUCUUCGAUGGAUGCUUCAUUUCCAUUAUGGCUCCCAUUGCCUUUGAGUUAGUUGGUGCCCAGGAUGUUUCUCAAGCAAUUGGAUUUCUACUUGGAUUCAUGUCUAUACCCAUGACUGUGGGCCCACCUAUUGCAGGGUUACUUCGUGACAAGCUGGGCUCCUACGAUGUGGCAUUCUACCUCGCUGGAAUCCCUCCCCUUAUUGGAGGUGCUGUUCUUUGUUUUAUCCCAUGGAUCCACAGUAAGAAGCAAAGAGAGAUUGGUAAAACCACUGGAGGAGAAAAGAUGGAGAAAAUGUUGGAGAACCAGAACUCUCUGCUGUCAAGCUCACCUGGAAUCUUUAAGAAAGAAUCUGACUCUGUUAUUUAAUGUCUUAUAUACCUCCAACCAGACUGGACUUGCUUUUGGAAGUUUAAGCAAGUUUCCCUUUUAUAUGAAUUGCAAAUUUCCUAUUUUUUUAAUUACAUCUUAAGAAUAGCACAAUAAUUGGGAAAUAGAACCCUUAUUACUACAAGAACCAUUUCUGCCACUGAAUAGCUAGCUGUUUGAUAUUUCCAUGAGUUUGGGGGCAGAGACUAUGGUAUAUGAAAACAUGUCUGAAAGUCAAAUAUUAAGAGAAUUGAAGCUAUUCCAAAGCAACUUUGGAAACUGUGAAUGCUAAUAAGCUUAUACAAAUAUUUAAAAAUACCUCGGGGCGCCUGGGUGGCUCAGUUGGUUGAGCGUCCGACUUUGUUCGGCUCAGGUCGUGUUCUUGCUGUUCGUGGGUUCAAGCCCCGCAUCAGGCUCUGUGCUGACAGCUCGGAGCCUGGAGCCUGCUUCGGAUUCUGUGUCUCCCUCUCUCUGCCCCUCCCCUGCUUGCACUCUGUCUCUCUCUCUCUCUCAAAAAUAAAUAAAUGUUUUAAAAAAAAUUAAAAAAAAAUACCUCACGCUAUACUGAAAGGGUUGCAAUUUGGUUAGGACUGGAAAUAACGUUUAUCGUCUCACAUGGUGUUUUUAGUUCUGGUAUCUCCGUUUUAAUUUCUUCUGCUAUUUGGAAACUUUUUACCUUUAAGUCUGGAUUCUAGAUAAUGUCAGACCUACCUAAACCUCAAGUCUAUGUUAAAGCUGCUUGCCUGCUGUUAAGUAAGAUACGAAAUUAAGUUAUCCUGACUUGCUUCGGUGUCAGGGGAACUUCUUGGUGCUGAUGGUAACACUGUGUUCAGAUUCAGUACAUGUGAGAUGAAAAGGAUCCUGUUCAUUAGGGCAGAGCAAUUUGGAAAUCAGGCGCUUCUU